UGCGUGAACUUGUCAUUAAUUUGAAUUAAGCGGGAUUUAAAUUGACCAAUGGUAUUCGUUUCAAAACAAACAUAAAAAGAGUGUUGGUAAUUUUGUUGUUGUGCGGUUGGCAAUCUUUGAAUUGAAGCUUUAAUGUUAGGGUGAGUGAACCGCUGUGGUUAAAUCCCAAUUUCCUUUAGAAUCUUGCCGAUUUUUGCUGUCUAAAGCUAUAAUCAAUUGCGUUACAGUUUCCGAGAGUGGAGGUGACGCCCGGGGUGCGUCCUUAACACUGCUUUAUCGAUCGCCUUCACCUUUUUCAUUAUACAUGAAAAAAAUGUCGCGCUACGGUUCCGAAACAAAAAUAUACGUGGGUGAUUUAGGUAAUAACGCCUCGAAGCAAGAACUUGAGGACGCAUUCGGUUACUACGGACCCCUGCGUAACGUGUGGGUCGCUCGAAAUCCACCUGGCUUUGCGUUUGUCGAAUUCGAGGACCCUCGGGACGCCGAAGAUGCUAUACGUGGUUUAGAUGGGCGUACAAUUUGUGGAAGACGGGCUCGCGUAGAGAUGUCUAACGGAAAGGCGGGGAGUGGUAGGUACAGAGGUCCACCUCCUCGAUCUCGCGGAAGACCUUUUCAUCCAGAUGAUAGAUGCUAUGAAUGUGGCGAUCGAGGCCAUUAUGCGCGCGAUUGCCACCGGUACAAGCGCAAUCGUCGCAGAUCUCGCUCGCGAUCACGUAGCCGUUCUCGUGAUCGGCGCAGUCGAUCCAGAAGUGCGUCUCGCUCUCGAUCGCGUAGUCGUUCUCGUUCCAGAUCACAUUCACGUUCGGACUCUGCGCGACGCAGCCGUUCAGCAACAGGUGACAGAAAGUCAAGAUCUCGCAGUCAGUCGGCACCUAAAGAAAACGGAUCUACGACACAAAAGUAGAUGCAUUAUUUAAGGGGAAAUUUUUUUUUGUUAUCAUUCGAUUUAGGAUUAAACUCUGAACCAUCACAGCUUCGUGUUUUUGUAACAAUUUCAAUAUCUUUGAUGUAGUAUGUUUCUGUAAUAAUUUAGUUCAUAUUAAAAACGUUUCUACAUAAA